AUGAACUACCUGCGGCGCCGCCUGUCAGACAGCAACUUCAUGGCCAAUCUGCCAAAUGGGUACAUGACAGACCUGCAGCGCCCGCAGCCACCCCCGCCGCCGCCUGCUGCCCCCAGCCCCGGAGCCACACCCGGUUCCGCGACUGCCACUGCCGAGAGAGCCUCCGUGUCUGCCCCUGUGGCCUCUCCGGCUGCCCCUAGCCCUGGGUCUUCGGGGGGUGGUGGCUUCUUCUCGUCGCUGUCCAACGCGGUCAAGCAGACCACGGCGGCCGCGGCUGCCACCUUCAGCGAGCAGGUGGGCGGCGGCUCUGGGGGCGCAGGUCGUGGGGGCGCUGCCGCCAGGGUGCUGCUGGUCAUCGACGAGCCCCACACCGACUGGGCAAAAUACUUCAAAGGGAAAAAGAUCCAUGGAGAAAUUGACAUUAAAGUAGAACAGGCUGAAUUCUCUGAUCUCAACCUCGUGGCUCACGCCAAUGGUGGAUUCUCUGUGGACAUGGAAGUUCUUCGGAAUGGGGUGAAGGUCGUGCGGUCUCUGAAGCCGGACUUUGUGCUGAUCCGCCAGCACGCCUUCAGCAUGGCUCGGAACGGAGACUACCGCAGUUUGGUCAUUGGGCUGCAGUACGCUGGAAUCCCCAGCGUUAACUCUUUGCAUUCUGUCUACAACUUCUGUGACAAGCCCUGGGUGUUCGCCCAGAUGGUUCGACUGCACAAGAAACUGGGGACAGAGGAAUUCCCUCUAAUCGAUCAGACCUUCUACCCCAAUCACAAGGAGAUGCUCAGCAGCACGACGUACCCUGUGGUUGUGAAGAUGGGGCACGCACACUCCGGGAUGGGCAAGGUCAAAGUGGACAACCAGCACGACUUCCAGGACAUCGCGAGCGUCGUGGCACUGACCAAGACAUAUGCCACUGCCGAGCCCUUCAUUGACGCCAAAUAUGACGUGCGCGUCCAGAAAAUUGGGCAGAACUACAAAGCCUACAUGAGGACGUCAGUGUCAGGAAACUGGAAGACCAACACCGGCUCUGCCAUGCUCGAGCAGAUCGCCAUGUCUGACAGGUACAAGCUGUGGGUGGAUACGUGCUCCGAGAUUUUUGGGGGACUGGACAUCUGCGCAGUGGAAGCACUGCAUGGCAAGGAUGGAAGGGAUCACAUCAUUGAGGUGGUGGGCUCCUCCAUGCCACUCAUCGGGGACCACCAAGAUGAAGACAAGCAGCUCAUCGUAGAGCUUGUGGUCAACAAGAUGGCCCAGGCCCUGCCCAGGCAGCGGCAGCGGGAUGCCUCCCCCGGCAGGGGCUCCCACGGCCAGACUCCGUCCCCAGGGGCCCCGCCCUUGGGCCGCCAGACCUCCCAGCAGCCCUCAGGACCUCCAGCUCAGCAACGACCCCCACCACAGGGUGGCCCUCCACAGCCCGGCCCGGGCCCCCAACGCCAGGGACCCCCGUUGCAGCAGCGCCCGCCCCCGCAGGGCCAGCAGCACCUUUCGGGCCUCGGACCCCCAGCUGGCAGUCCCCUGCCCCAGCGCCUACCAAGUCCCACAUCAGCACCCCAGCAGCCUGUGUCCCAGGCCCCACCACUGACCCAGGGUCAAGGCCGCCAAUCCCGGCCAGUGGCAGGAGGACCCGGGGCGCCUCCAGCAGCCCGCCCACCCGCCUCCCCAUCUCCCCAGCGCCAGGCGGGCCCCCCACAGGCUACGCGUCAGACAUCUGUCUCCGGUCAGGCUCCACCAAAGGCCUCGGGGGCCCCACCGAGUGGUCAGCAGCGCCAGGGCCCACCCCAGAAACCCCCAGGCCCUGCCGGCCCCACACGCCAGGCCAGCCAGGCGGGUCCCAUGCCCCGCACCGGGCCACCCACCACGCAGCAGCCGCGGCCCAGUGGCCCGGGCCCUGCUGGACGACCCACCAAGCCACAGCUGGCCCAGAAACCCAGCCAGGACGUGCCGCCACCCGCCACCGCCACUGCCGGGGGACCUCCGCACCCCCAGCUCAACAAAUCCCAGUCUCUGACCAAUGCCUUCAACCUUCCAGAGCCAGCCCCGCCCAGGCCCAGCCUUAGCCAGGACGAGGUGAAAGCUGAGACCAUCCGCAGCCUGAGGAAGUCUUUCGCCAGCCUCUUCUCCGACUGACACCCCACCCUGAGAACCCUUAAUUCCUCCUGGGCAACCCCUCUCUGGGCCCUGAAUCCAUUUCUCACUUUUGGAAUCUCCAGAUCCCUUGAGAAGUCCUCUCCUGGUCUGCCCAGACCCCUCUUCUCACUCUGCAGAAUGCCCAAGUCCCUGGGGAGACCGCACUCCUGGUCCUACAUCCAAUUCUCACUUUGGAAUUCCUGAGUCCCUAUAAAAGGCCACUCUCGGCCACCUCAAGACUUUUCAGUUUUAGAAC